CCUCCGUUUUGACAGCACCGAUGCUGCUUACUGGCUCUCCUUGUUACCUACUAGAAUUCAGCCUCAGUCCAGCAGUGCUGUAUACACUGGAACAUCACCUCAGGCUGAGACAAGUUCAGCAUAAUUCGCCAGACACUCUUGGGGGAUUGUCGACAAUUGUGUUAAUGUUGGCGGCGGUGGCGUCGGUGGCGUCGGACACUUCCUCGCUCUUAAUCUGAGGGCCACGUCGCUGAGAGAUUGUUGGUCCACAUCCAAAGUCUUAUUAACACAUGAUGUUCAAGGACUACAGAUCUGGCCGAGCUGUUGGAUUGAAUCCGCUGCCCUUUGACCCUGCCACGAACAACGAACCCCUGCAGUUCAACGGCUCCAAUGGUCCUCUGGUUUCUGAGUGUCCUCUUGAAAACGGAACAGAAAACAGCAAGAAGAGAAAGAGAUCCAACCUACCUCCAGCAUCUGAUCUGUUUCUGCUGAACUGGAAAUCUGUGGAAGGAGAAAGCGUGUCUCUGUCUCGACCUCACCAGUGUCACAAGGGUCUACGAAAUAUUGCCAUGGACUCCAACUCUUUGGCGAUGCCCAUGUCGGACCCUAGUGCUUGGGCAACUGCCAUGAACAACCUGGGAAUGGCCCCCAUGGGUAUGACUGGUCAGCCUAUCAUUUCAGAUUUUGACCCCAACCUUGGCAUGAUGACUGGUAUUGCUCCAAUGAACCCCAUGAUGCCCGGCCUUGGGAUUGUGCCCCCGUCAGUUUCACAAGACAUGCCCAUCGUGAAGGAAAUCGUCCACUGCAAGAGUUGCACUCUCUUUCCACCCAACCCCAACCUUCCUCCUCCUGCCACCAGAGAGAGACCCCCUGGCUGUAAGACAGUGUUUGUGGGCGGUUUGCCAGAGAACGCCACAGAGCAGCUCAUUGUGGAGGUGUUUGAACAGUGUGGAAGCAUCAUCGCCAUUCGAAAGAGCAAGAAGAACUUUUGUCACAUCCGGUUUGCUGAGGAGCACACAGUGGACAAGGCCCUCUUCCUGUCAGGUUAUAGAGUAAGGCUGGGAUCAAGCACAGAUAAGAAGGACACAGGCCGGCUGCAUGUAGAUUUUGCUCAGGCCAGAGAUGACCUGUACGAAUGGGAGUGCAGACAGCGCAUGCUAGCCAGGGAAGAGAGGCACCGGCGCAGGAUAGAGGAAGACCGCAUGCGGCCACCUUCGCCACCCCCCAUCGUCCAUUACUCCGAGCAUGAAUGCAGCCAGCUAGGAGAGAAACUCAAAGACGACUCCAAAUUUCCCGAGGCGGUGCGUGUCUUGUUGACCUGGGUGGAACGAGGGGAGGUAAACCGUCGGAAUGCCAACAACUUCUAUUCCAUGGUCCAGUCCUCCAAUAGCCACAUUCGCAGGCUGAUGAACGAGAAAGCCGCCCAUGAGAAGGAGAUGGAGGAAGCCAAGGAGAAGUUCAAGAACGCCCUUUCUGGGAUUUUAGUGCAGUUUGAGCAGAUUGUGUCUGUAUUCCACGCUUCCUCCAAACAAAAGGCAUGGGACCAUUUCUCCAAAGCCCAACGCAAGAACCUGGACAUGUGGCGAAAGCAAGCAGAGGAGAUCAGAAACAUCCACAAUGAAGAGCUGAUGGGAAUUCGAAGAGAGGAGGAAAUGGAGAUGUCAGAUGAUGACAUGGAAGAUGCCCUGGAAAGCAAGGACUCCGACGACUCAGGGCCGCUGGCGCAGGUGGAAGCUCUGAAAGAGGAGAAUGACAGUCUGCGGUGUCAGCUGGAUGCCUACAGAAACGAGGUGGAGCUGUUGAAACAGGAGCAGGGAAAAGCUCAGCCCCAGCAAAGCGAGGAGGACGCCACCCGCCAGCAGCAGCUCAGCUUCCUGCAGCAGGCACUGCAGGGCAUGCAGAAGCAACUGCUGAAGCUCCGUGAGGAUCUGAGAUUGAGAGAAACGGAGUUGAAGAAGAGCUCAGAGGAAAAACAACAACUCGAAAGCCAGAUCCAAAGUCUGAAGGAGCGAAUCCAAGCCUUUCCCACAUCACACACUCUGCCUCGGGAGACGGCCGAACGAGAGGACAGAGGGAGCGAUGAAAGCCCAAAUCACGCUAGCGAGGCAGCAGCAUCGACCUUAGUGUCUUGCAGCCAGGAGAAAGAGAACCUGCCAGAGAAGGGUCCUCCUAGCCCUGUGAAGUCAGAGAGAGAAGCCCUGCUUGUGGGAAUCAUCUCAACGUUUCUUCACGUUCAUCCUUUCGGAGCCAGUAUUGAAUAUAUCUGCUCCUACUUACAGCGGUUGGACACUAAGAUCAGUACCACAGAAGUGGAGACGCUAUUGGGUCGGUUGCCUUGUACAUUCAAGCAGGAAUUGACGGGUGUUGGGGCAAGUUUGGAAAAACGCUGGAAGUUCUGUGGUUUUGAGGGCAUUAAGACCACGUAGAGACACUGAUUGGGGGGACCCACACAGAAUCAAUGUAAGAGGUCAAUGGACAGGAAAUGUUAACCAAUCACCUGCCAGCUCUCUGUAUCCAGCAGCCCAGCCCCAUGAGAUUCUAAUCUCAAAAAACACUCCAACCCUGGAGAAAACACUCCAGUCUUGGAGAUCAUCAAGACUUUGGAGUGUGUAGUAAGUUUUGCUAUUUUUACACACAAGCACAUGUUGGAGUGGGUGUGUACAUUGGUACAAUGUGAAUGGACAAUGUGAAUGUGCAGUUCAACCACACAACAAGACUCUGACCGAGGACUGAACUGUCAACUGUUUUCUUUUUCUUGUUUCACAUCUAAUUUGUAAAAAAAAAAAAUAUAUAUAUAUAU